UCAAAGAUUUAGUAUGUUACCUGAACCCGUCUCAAAUGUGGCAUCAACAUUUUUGAUCAUUUGAAAAUAAUUAUCCGAAUUUACGAUGACUGAUGAUGAAUUAUUGCAAAAAUAUCCAGUCCAUUUAAAAAAUUCAACAAUCGAACGAAGCAAACGAAAAACCAUCGACUAGCUACGAGUGAAUUAAAUGACAAGUAUCAAGUUCAUCGAGGAUAAAACUAUAUUUAAAUGAAUCAACGAGUGAUAAGUUAACUGAGGUCAGAAAGUUGGCUGGGAUAUAAUUACAAUGACGACGGUCCAACAACGGAACAAUCAAAAUAAGGAUAAUUCAUCAUAUUUGAAUCCAAAUCAAUUGAAUCAACCGUCAAUUUGACAUUCAAUGCGCGUUCGAUUAUCUAAUCGUUAGAUUGAAUGUUUCGAUUUGAAAUGAAAGCCGCAACGAAAUAGACGAAAAAGUGUAAAUGAUAACCGAGUGACAAAGAAAUAUAAACAAUUCGGCAUUUGUCGCAUAUGAAAAACAAAGAAAUAUAAAAACAAAAACAAAACAAAAGAACAAAUGCGCGAUUGUAAGGGACAUAGACAUUAGUGUGCAACAAUAACGACGAAAAUAAUAAUAAUAAUAAUCGCCACCAACACACGAAAAGAAAAGACUUUUGAGCGUCUAAAAAUAGCAUAUAUAAAUCAUAGUGAUAUUUGCGAACAAAAAUAAAAGUUUGAAGCAACGAAAAGCAAAUAAGAAAAAAACGUGAUAUUGGCUAAGAACCGAGAUUUGAAAGGAAGAGACCGAGAAAGAGUUGUGUAAGACACAAUACAUUAAUAAAUCGAAGGAAAGCCAAUCCGUGAAUACACCAAUUAAAAGAUAUUAAGAUAUUUAUUAAAAACUCAAAAUGAGCGGAAGAGACAAGUUUCCAGUAUCAUCUGGCGCCAUGGGGCGUCUAAUGAAUAAAAUCAAACGGUCGGUGUCGGAGGCGGAUGAGAAAAGGGAUCCACUUCAAAGAGGCUAUUCGCGUGUUGAGGCAGCCGACGGAUCACUUUCGAAUUCAUCGACAUCGACCAGUUUGGAUACAGUGGUCAUCGAGAGUGCCAAAGAUAGUACACUAUUAUCUGGUGGCAUCAAAACAGGGGCUGAUCAACAGCAAAAUAUUCGUGUACCAUUCAGCCCAAUUCUUGAAACAGAAGACGCUGACAGCGUAUCCGCCUUGAAUAAUCUUAGCAUAACUAGUAACAGUAGCACGCUAAAAACAUUUGAAAAUCCGAUAAUAUCGAAUUUGAAAAAAUCAUCCGCCUCCUCAAAACCAUCGCUAAAAGGAUCCAAAGUAUCAUUUGAACAACCAGACAACGACAGUGAUGACAGUUUUGAAGAACGUCGCGGACAUUUCCAGCAAAAGAAAUCACUAAGCUCAUCAGCCACUGAUCGAAAGGGUAUACUAAAGGAUCUCAAGAAUUCAAGGCUUGAUGCCGAUCGGCGAGCGUUCCAAUCAAAGAAACACGUUUCGUUAGACAUAAAAAAUUCUAGGAUUCUUGAGCGAAUUUUAAACGGCAGUUCAUCUGAAGAGGAAUUCACAAGCAAUCGCAAACAUUUUCAAUCGCGAAAACAUCAAAGUUUGGACGCUCGAGUUAAGCUCAAUUUGAAUAAGGUUACAAAAUCCGAUUCAAGUGACGAAGAAUUCGAUGAGAAGGGCAAUCUGCUGCAAGAAAGAAUCUACGAUUUUAGCAAGCCCAUUGUCAUUGAUUUCAAAGAUUUAGAGCCAAGCGACGACGACGAAGACGAAGAAGAGGACAAAAUUGAAGAGGAUAAAGAAGAUUUUGAAGCAGCACGAUCAAACUUCCAAAAACAGAAAACGAUAAGUGUUGAAUCAAGGAAAAGUAUACGAUUUUUUGAAAUGGAUGACAUGACUGGCAGAAAGGGUGAAAACAUCCGAACAGCUGUACCGUUUGUGCGUCAAAUUACUCAAGAUGGAAAACCAAAAUUGGAAGUUUACCGAACGACCACAAAUCCCAUUUACUAUUAUACUCAAAUUUUAGCAGCCUUAUCAGUGUCGUUGGGAUCACUUGUUGUUGGUUUUUCAUCUGGCUAUACAUCUCCUGCCCUGGUAUCAAUGAGGACAGAUGCGCCUUUCAACGUUACCGCAGAUGAAGAAUCAUGGAUAGGUGGACUGAUGCCAUUGGCUGGUUUGGCUGGUGGUAUUGCUGGCGGGCCACUUAUUGAAAUACUCGGCCGCAAGUCGACGAUUCUUGCAACAUCCGUACCAUUCAUUAUUUCAUGGUUGUUGAUUGCUUUUGCUGUUGGAGUUUGGAUGAUUUUUGCUGGUCGUGCAUUGUCUGGAUUUUGUGUGGGCAUUGCAUCACUUUCGUUGCCCGUUUACUUGGGUGAAACGGUGCAACCAGAAGUGCGUGGCACACUCGGUUUGUUACCAACAGCAUUUGGUAACAUUGGUAUUCUGAUGUCCUUUGUAUUUGGAAGCUUUUUGGACUGGUCCGAAUUGGCAUUUCUGGGCAGCACAUUGCCAGUACCAUUUUUAUUGUUAAUGUUAAUUAUUCCGGAAACACCGCGCUGGUAUGUGUCAAAAGGUAAAGAUGAACGAGCACGUAAAGCAUUGCAAUGGCUUCGAGGCAAACAAGCCGAUGUCGAACCUGAAUUGAAGGGUAUUGUUAAAACGCAUACCGAUUCCGAGCGACAUUCUUCAAGCAAUGGAAUAAUGCAAUUACUAAGACGAAGCAAUCUAAAACCGUUGAGCAUUUCGUUGGGCUUAAUGUUCUUUCAACAGUUUAGCGGAAUAAAUGCUGUGAUAUUUUACGCUGAGAACAUUUUCGCAAGUGCUGGCUCACAGAUUAAGCCAACUAUUUGCAGCAUUAUUUUGGGUGUGGUUAAUUUUAUCGCCAUUUUCAUUGCAACCGUCUUGAUCGAUCGACUUGGUAGAAAGAUGUUGCUAUAUAUUUCGUCCGUGGGUAUGACGGUGUCAUUGGCGUCUUUGGGUGCUUACUUUUAUCUAAAAGAUUAUGCUGAAAGCGAUGUUUCACAAAUUGGUUGGUUACCAUUGGGUAGCUUGGCCGUUUAUAUAUUGAGUUUCAGUUUGGGCUUCGGACCGAUUCCGUGGUUGAUGAUGGGUGAAAUUUUACCAGCCAAAAUUCGUGGUACUGCUGCUUCGGUAGCUACUGGUUUCAAUUGGUCAUGUACAUUCAUCGUCGCAAAAUCAUUUAACGAUCUUAAAGCGGCAUUUCAAAUGUUUGGAUGUUUCUGGAUAUUUGCAACAAUUUGCCUGAUUGGAUUGUUCUUUGUAAUAUUUAAAGUGCCUGAAACGCAAGGCAAGAGCUUAGAAGAUAUCGAACGAAAAAUGAUGGGACGCAUCCGAAGAAUGAGUUCGGUGGCCAAUAUACGACCACUUUCAUUCAAUUUAUGAAACAAAUUGGCACAUUUUAUUGUUAAAUUAAUUAAUCUGAUUAAAUAUUUUGUGUGACAAUGUAAAGAUAAUGGAACAACAAAUGUUAAACAACAAUAAUGCUAUAAAAUACAACAUAAUUUUAUUGUAUGUAACAUUAGAGAUUAGUAAUGUAAUAUAAUUCAUUGAUUAGGAAUAGAGUUUUAAUUGAGACGUUGUAAUGUUCUGAAUCUGUUGAAAAUGAAACAAGUGUACCAGAAGAAAAAUGAAAAAAACAAAUAAAUACAGAAAAAAAUGUAGGCAAUAAAGUUAUAGCUUAGAGAAA